AUGGAGAAUUUAGGCAUUGGUUGGUCUGGAGAUUUUAAUUCACUGAAGCAAUUUGUAAAUGAUGCUUUGAAACUUGUUGGAGAGUGGUCACAACCGGGUGGAGACAGAAAAGUAUUUACGUUUGGUAAUUCAAGUAUCUCAUGGCGAAAAUCCAAGAGUUUUUUACAACUUGAAGGGGAAGAAUCAAUCACAAUUAAGAAGAAAAUUUGUGAACUAAUGCUGAACGGGGAGAUUACUUCGCAACGACAGACGCAUUCAAGCUCAUCGCCAGAAAUGUCUACAGAGGAAAUGGAGAGUCUUCGAACAGGUCAGUUUAUAAACAGUGAAGCCAUUCAAUCUUUGGCCGAGUCUGUCGCUCAGGUUUUAUCUAUAGUAAACGAACUUAAAACGAAUUCAGAAUACAGGGCUAAUAGCGACAGCCAAACAAACAUGAAAGUAAUGGCAUCGCAUGAAACGAGGAAUGAAUUUGAAUAUGCAAAUCUGAAUGAGGAUAAUCCUAUUGUUUCAAAAGAAUUAGCGGAU